AUUUCAUCUUCCAUCUCAGGGGAUUACAAAUACAUCGCCCACGGUGUCUUCGUCUGCACCUCCUCUAGGGCACAAGCUGCAAGAUGGAAUACAAGACUUUCAUGUAUAGCUUUCUCCGGAACACCAGUGGCGCCUCGUCUCGAUCUAUCGGCAGUAUAGCAUAUGUUACACGUCAAGGCACAGUGCACUCUACUCGGAAAGACGACCAACCCUUCCUCAAGAACUUCCAAAGAGCUGUAUUAAGCUCCUUCGAUAUUGAGAGAGAGGAUAUUCAGCUUAUCUCGAGGAAUGACACAGAAAUUUACGUCCAGUUUUCCCCUUGGCAACGUUUUGCACAGCUAUCUUGCUUAGGGGGCAGACGCUACAAGGCUACGGCAGAGCUUCCAGAGGACACCGGUCAUGUGAGAGCGGAACUACGGAAGGAGGAGGUCAUCACUUCCCUUGGAAUCGCCGAAGAGGUCCUUCUCCAGUACCCCGGCAUGAACAAGGUUUACUCCGUCAGCUUUGACCUCCCCGAGAGCCCAGUUGGCCAUAUAGUGGUGUUUAUCGGGGCGAAGGGGGUACAGGUAAUAUCAAGGAUAUUCACGGAGCAUGGACAUCUCUGCUUGGAUCCUCCUCUCCCCUCUGAGGCUGUCAGAGAUUUGCCUGUCGGGAAAAGAGAUAGGUUGAUAUGCAACCUCAAGCUAAGGCCGGGCUACUCAGUGGCGGAUUCCCAGUCGACAGUUCCCAAUAGCUCCAUUUCUGAAUCGGCAACCGUGGAUACUGAAAUUGACGCCGAAUCGGACGCCGAAUCGGACGCCGAAUCGCAAGCUGAAUCGGGACAGACCGACCCGGAGAGUCCUGAAGCGAGAAACGCAGCCAGGCCCUAUGACACAUCAGGGACUAUGCCGUCGCUCACUGAAGAGCAACAUCUCACCGAGACGAUCACUAAGAUGCUCGAGGACAAUAGAGACUAUUGGUGGGACGACAUUCGCGAUCGUUUCCCUGGUGUCUCGAAGGAGAGCUUCAAGCGGACUUGGUACAAUAGGAGGAGAAGUCUGCGGUGCUCGAAGUCAGGCAAGCUUUCGCGCCUUUUCACAGCUCCAAGACGGGGCAAAGCACUAACCAUAUAUGUUGGCGGUGGAGACAGCGGUGAGGAAGUCUAA